CCCAGUGAGCGUACUACGCCCCCGCAGCGUCCCUGAAAGCCGCAACCAGGAACUUCUCUGGUUCUUUCAUCUCAUUCUCUCUCUCGUUAUGGUUUCCUUCCACAGAAGUCAAAAUCUUCUCUUCGCGGUUGAGUUGUGGAUUCCAGAUCAAUAGAUGUUACAUUGAUAUUUAGAAAAUUUACAGAAGUGGGGUUUUCUUUACACUUUGUAGAUUGGGAGUUGAAAGUCGUUGUGGGUCUGUUUGGUAUUAGUUAAUUCACGAUGAGUGGAGAUAAUUUGACGGAUGAGAUCAGCAAAAAGCGAGCCGUAUUGGGGGAUGUGACCAACACUGUCGAGAAAAGGGGUUUUUCGCUGGUCUCCAGGGGCUUAGGGCUUAAACCUGGAGGAGAUACUGAAGAUGCAGAUAUGCAAUUGAGGAAACAAAUAUGUUUGGGAUUGGAGAAUUUGGUCAAAGAGAAGCGUAAAGUGGAAAGUUCAGUGGAUGCUAAAGAGAAGGGGUUGUCAGUGAAGAAGGAUUCAUUGCCAGCAAGUGCCACAUUUGAAAUCUCGCAAGAGAAUGCUUCUUCUUUCACAGCAAAUAAUGUACCCGAAGUUAAGGAGACAUCUGGUUUGGUUGAUGCAGCUGACAAUUCAUCUAUAAUAGGGGAUUCAGUGACUAAAACUUGUUUGGGAGUUGAUGACGCUUCAAGGGAUAGUCGUGUUUCUAGGGGCACAUUGCCCACGUAUUCUGAAGGAAAUUCUCAAGAUGGAGAAGACAAAGAGGUUAUAGGGAGCAAUCCGGGUCUUGAGGGAUUAGUUAGUCAAGUUUUUAAUAGUGAAAACAAGGAUAUUGGUUUUGGUAGAUUUGCUGAAAACAAAUAUGAAUCUGUUGAGAGGUCAAGGUUGCAAAAUGCACAGGAUUCUAAAUCAUUUGAAUUAGAAAGGUGCACAGGGCUAAAGGGCAAUGCUUGUGUAAAUUUGGAGGCGGGGGAUGAUUUGCUGAAAGCAUGCUCUUGUUCAUUUUGUUUGAAAGCUGCUUAUAUCUGGUCGGACCUCCAUUAUCAGGACAUCAAAGGCCGCAUAUCUGUGUUGAAGAAAAGUCAGAAAGAAGCAAGCCUCUUGGUUUCAAAGACGGGAAGGGGAAAGCAGAGUAACAUUCAUCAAGGUCAAGGGAGCUCCGAAAAUUCAACAAAUCUAGAGUCCGACCUUACAAGUCAGUGGAGAUCGCUGUUUCUUCACAUGGAGGAUAUAUUUGCUCAUGAAAGUGAACAACUUCAUGCUAAUUUCAUCAUGCUAAAAGAUAUGAGAGAGAACUGCAAGAUGGAUCUUGAAAGGGCAACUGGUAUGCCGCCAGAAAGACAGUAGGGCAUUUCCAAUUUCUUUGACGAUUGUAAGAUUGCCUUGUCACUCUAAUUUAAUUCAUUUGUGCAUUUGAGGAAGUGUAUGAAUUUGAACACAUGAUCUUAUCAUUUUCUUGUUGUAAAAGCUCUGUGCGUUAUUCCUAUGUUAGUUGUGAUGUAGGUUUCUGCUGUUGUUGAAUAUGUGCUAACAAAUUUUACAUGAUAAAAAUAGACAAUAACUGUACUUUUCCUUC